AUGCCUGGCAGCGCAGACUGCUCUAGUGACACAGCGGGGACAGAGCGGGAGGAGCACAUGAGUUGCCCGGAGACUGAGAGGAGCGGAGAUGAGGAGGAUGAUGAGAUCCAGGAGGUACAGAUCACCGGGGAGGAGUACGGGGAGGAUGAACUGGAGUGGGAGGCAGAGUGCGCAGACCCCAGCAGCUGCUCCGCUAUGGAGACAGAAGCGGUCCUUAUGCGUAGUACGGACCAGUGCAGCGGGUUGGGACCGGGAGCAGACCCUGGACUGUUUCACAUCCCCGGACUGGACUCGGAUCCGGAGGGAGACCUGCAGCCGUCUGACCGCUCCAGACUGAGCGAGAACACCCGCCUGGCUACCAGGUAUGCGGUACGGAUCUUCCGGGAGUACCUGAGCGAGAAAUCCCAAAGUCCUGACUUUGAAACUCUGGACAAGGAGGCGCUGUGCGCGGUCCUGCAGUCCUUCUACGCGGAGGCACGCUCUAAGAGCGGCCAGCUCUACAGCAAGUCUUCCCUCAUUAGCAUUCGGAGUUCUCUGAACCGCUACCUGAAUGAGCCACCGUACUGUCGCACCCUGGAUCUCACCAAAGACCCGGAGCUACGCAGCGCCAACCUGACCCUGGCCGCGGUCAUCAGAAAGCUGGAGGAGCAGGGUGCUGGUCCCGUGGUGCAGAAACAGGCAAUCACGCGGGCGGACCUGAGAAAACUCUACACCUCCAGUGUGUUUAACAUCGAUACGCCGUUCGGGCUGCUCAACAAAGUGUGGUUUGAGACAUGCAUGUAUUUCUGUACGAGGGGGCGAGAGAAUCAGCGCGAGCUGGAGGAGGAUUCAUUCGGCCUGGCCAUAGACGAGAAUGGGAGAAAGUUUAUCUAUUUCAAAUCACUGGGGCCGUAUCACAAGUCUCGCUCCGCGUGUUGGAAUAAAAAGAGACCAGACCCAGAUGAAGAUACUUUGCCGCGCAUGUAUGAGACUGGAACUGAGUUGUGUCCAUAUGCCAGCUUUGUAAGGUAUGUCUCGAAACGGAACCCAUUGUGCAAAGCAUUCUUCCAACGACCACGAGACCACUGCUGCGCAAGCGACAUAACAUGGUAUGAGAACAAAGCCAUUGGUAAAAACCUGCUUGGCACGAGGAUGCAGAUGCUGUCGCGUGCAGCCAAACUGUCAAAGACCUACACCAACCACUGCAUCGGCGCCGUCUCCAUAGCAACGCUCAACAGCAUUGCCGGUAUAGGGUCAAAGUUGGUGUCGCUUCAGAUUUCCUCCGAAACAGUUAAUGGUGGCGGGCAGUCUCAUCUCCAGCUCGUGAUCCCGUACAUCCAACAGGUCACAGACACAGUGGAACUGAAGCCGCAGAGAACAACAAGGAAAGCUCGUGCUCUCUGCGGUUUUUCGGGACCUCCUUCUCCUAAGAAGCUCUGUGUGCGUCCCGGAGAACGCGCAAUGUCCCCUGUGGUCAUAGUGGACGGUACAGAGCCCGUGGACAUCCAACCCCAGGAGCCCCACGGUCAGCAAUCCGCUCCUUUACUGACUGACGUGGUAUCCGCGCAGGAUAGCCGUAAUAGCAGCAUGGCCAGUAGGCCGCUGGUCUCCCAGUCCCCUGCCUCUCCACUGGGCUCUGGGGGUAUCGGGGGCAUCCCCACCCCCGCCCAGCUCACAAAGACCAACGCCCCUGUACACAUAGAUGUAGGAGGACACAUGUACACCAGCAGCCUGGCUACACUCACCAAGUACCCCGAGUCACGGAUUGGUCGUCUAUUCAACGGGACAGAGCCCAUAGUGUUAGAUAGUCUGAAGCAGCACUACUUCAUAGACCGAGACGGCCAUAUAUUCCGCUACAUCCUCAACUUCCUGCGGACGGCCAAACUGCUCCUCCCUGACGACUUCAAAGAGUACUCUCUACUCUGUGAGGAGGCCAGGUUCUUCCAGCUAUCCCCACUACAAGCAGAAUUAGAACGCUGGAGGAGUGAGCGCGAGGCCAGGAGUGUGUGGCGUGUGUGUGAGUGUGUGGUGGUGCGUGUAGCUCCAGAGCUGGGGGAGAGGAUCACUCUGAGUGGAGACAGGGCUUUGAUCGAGGACGUGUUUCCAGAGGUCGGGGACGUCAUGUGUAACUCCAUGAACGCAGGCUGGAAUCAUGACUCUACUCACGUCAUACGCUUUCCACUCAAUGGAUACUGUCACCUCAACUCUGUACAGGUAUUGGAGAGGUUGCAGCAGAGAGGGUUCGAGAUAGCAGGGGCAUGUGGUGGAGGAGUAGACUCCUCCCAUUUCAGCGAGUACGUCCUACGCAGGGAGGGGAGGAGCAACGGAGAGCGUGGCCCCACCCUCAUCUGCAUCAAACAGGAAGCACUGGACUAAGCCCUGCCCGGGUCAGGGGUAACAGUGGAUGAUUGGUCAGGAGAGGAGCUGAAAGCCACGCCUCCAUCUCCAAAGGAACACCAAGAGAGUCUGACCUGAAGUUUGUUUUAGAUUUGUAGGGUCGUCGCUAGUUACGACAGCCACAAAUUCAUAAACCCCGCCUAAUUCUACAAUUUCUCUUAAAUUAUGUCAUUUGUUUACAUAGUCGGUGCUAUGUCGGUGAUGGUGAUCUUACCUACACCAAUAGGAGCGCAGUAGAACUAUGACCUCUCCGCCAUGAACCAUGGAAGUCACUAACCUGGCGGUACGCAGCUAGACACUAGCUAGGUUUCCAUUAGCUUGUACAGUCAUUUUUUGUUGACAUUUAGAAAGAUUGCAUAGGAAGUAGAUGCAACAAUUGUCCGUCCCGGUGCGUUUACAUUGAACUGUCUUGUGUUGAUAAAAACAGCUAGAUGUAAUGAGGUUGUUGAAGGGUUUUAAAUUAUCAAUUUUGGCAAUUUGUGCAUUAAUAAAGUGCCCACCUAUCUGUUUCAUGUCUCAGGUAGCUCGCAAAAGCCAGAAUGGAUAGAUUGCAAGAAUUUACUAAUAUUUGCCAUAUUUUUAUCAUUCUCAUGUGCCUACUUAUCGCCGUGGUCUGUGUCAUGGUGUAACUUGCACUAGUUAUUAAGAUUUGAAACAAUUUCAUGGUGAAACUUCAAGUUCCAAUGUAAAGCAAUUCAGGCAUUGUUGAAAGUCAAAACAAUACUCUAUUUGCGAAGAAACACAGUAUUUUUUUCGUUGGAAAAAUUGAUGUUGCAAGCAGUAGGCAUUUAGAAAUAAAUGUGGAGUGGAGCUUUAUAGUUACGUGAUAACGUCACAUGCCCAGCGUACCUUCUGAUUCUUUUUGCAAUCUUAAUUUAUUCCAUCAUCAUUUGUCACAAUAAAUCCACCCCUUGAAUGGAAUAAAUGUAUUAGAUCUUUCGAAAAUGUAUCCUACGACUGCCGUUUCCAUUACAAAUGUCGCAAUUUUUUUAGCCAACGUUGCUUUUGUUGAAUAAACCUGGAUCAAUGGAAACUUGCCUAGUGACUGACACCUCUCUCCCUUCAAGCAGGGACCUAGAGCACACAGAGAGCAGCAACAUCAGCACUGUGAUAGUAAUAUUCAUGUUUUCAUGUAGGAUUAUUGUUUCGUAGUGUCAUAAUAAUUCAUUCAGAUUCUUACAAUAAUGUAAAUAGUCAUAGAAAUGGGAUGCAGUCAUGACUGAAACUCAAAAAUUGAGAAACGGCACUGAUGAAUAUGGAAGAUAUGCAGUUGAAUGUUAAAAAGCACAAGUGCAAACAAGCACAGCCAUCCUUGUCUGGGAAAUCGAACCCAGCCUAAACUAAAUAGAUAAAAGGUCAUAUGUGGUUCUGUGAAGCUACAGUUAUUAUUAUGAGGCACUUAUGGAAGUCUUUCUUCUAGGAAAUGUUGUAAACCAAAAAUAUGGUUUUCCCAGUUUUAAGUCUUUAACUUGUCAUGAAAAUGGAAUUCUGAGGAGGUUCUUCAUGAGACUUCAACAUUUUAUAUUCAUCACAUUGAUAGAAGAGAUGUGUCUUGUCAGAGAUUCAAUUGAUGCAUGUUUUAUUCUGAUUAUUACAGAGCAGCAGAGAGGAUUUGAGGUCUGUAUCGAAAACCGUCUCCCUCUGUUUCACUAGAGGAAAACCUGUAUGGAUGAA